AUGACCAUCGUCGACAGUUUGGAGAUCUCCUACGUUGUUCACGGGAAUGAAGUCAAAACACACCGAAUAGGCGGCAGUGGUGGUCAAUCCCACGAGUUCAAACUACUUCCUGUUGAAUAUAUCAACUCAGUGGUUGGGUCCGUCAAAACUUUUCGUGGAGAAACUUGUAUUGCUAAGCUCGAAUUUAAGACCAACUUGGGGAAGAAGUAUGGACCUUUAGGGAAAGGAGGUGGCAUUGAGUUCACUGUUCCAGUCGUGGAGGGUCAAAUUGUUGGAUUCUUUGGCCAAUCCGGAAGUUUUCUAAAUGGGAUCGGAGUCUAUUUGGCUCCUAAUUAA